AAAUUUAGUGAACGUGUAUAAUUAAACUAAACUCGUGUGUCGGUUUGUUUUUGAGAAUUAUUGAGGUUGGAUUGUUUUAUUUUAAGGAGUGUGCUUAUUAGCUGAGCUGCAGGCUGAUUAAUAAUAAAUUCGAAGUUCGAUCGAGUUUGUGAACCUGUGAAUAGUAGUUGUCUGCUAAAGGACAAAACUGAAAAAGCAACAGCCUGUGGAUGCGUUUGUACGAGGAGCAACAGCAGGCACGGAAGGUCAGCACUGUCGAUCCGUACGAUAACAUGAGUGACGAUGAUAGAGACAUCGACAUAGACAGUGAUGACGGAGAUGAUUCCGAUACAACUAAAUCACAGACACGAAAUUCCGGAGGAAAUCAAUUCUAUUCACAGGCAGAAAAAAGAGCUCACCACAAUGCAUUAGAAAGAAAACGUCGUGAUCAUAUAAAGGACAGCUUUACAUCUCUUCGUGACUCCGUGCCAUCACUGCAUGGCGAAAAGGUAAAUGCUAGCCGAGCACAAAUUCUGAAAAAGGCAGCAGAAUACAUUCAAUUUAUGAGACGUAAAAACAAUUCUCACCAGCAGGACAUUGAUGAUCUGAGGAGGCAAAAUAGUUUACUUGAAACACAAAUUCGACAGUUGGAGCAAGCACGUGCUACAGGAAAUUUUGGCGAUGGCAGCGAUAUGGGAUUGGGUAUGAAUGACAGUUCCAGGGAUUCUGACAGCACGGAUGAUGACGGGGCUAGUAACCAGGAUAUGGCAGGCGUUCAUCGAAAUAAAAAGUUGAAACCCAACAACAACUAUUAAUGUUUGUAUUUUGCUGUGUAUGAAAUAUUAGGAUUAUCCGCGAAAAAAGUAUAAAUUUCAAAAACCAAUUUUGAUACGUUUAUAGCAGUUUGGAAUGAAUCAUAUACCGGUUUUGUUGUGAAUUCAGAAUUUGUAAUAUCUGUAUCCAGUUAGGUUGAGACAAUGAAAGUGUACAAACAGUUUUUAUCUGCUCUUUUGUUAUAUACAUAUUUUUCUAACUUUUCUCGUCACGUAUUUUUUUCUUUUGGAUAGACAAGAAUGGAAAAAUCUUUGAUUUAGUAUAUAAAAUAAUUGCGGAUAUAUCGUGUUUAUUUGUAUAUCUAUUAUAGACUAUCUU